GCGUUGCGCAUGCGCCCCGGGCGCCGCCGACUGAAGUAGCAAUGGACGCGUUGGAGUCGUUGUUGGACGAAGUGGCUCUGGAGGGGCUCGAUGGCCUGUGUCUGCCAGCGCUGUGGAGCCGUCUGGAGACGCGAGUGCCGCCCUUCCCGCUGCCUCUGGAGCCCUGCACGCAGGAGUUUCUCUGGCGCGCCCUCGCCACGCACCCGGGCAUCAGCUUUUAUGAGGAGCCUCGGGAGCGACCCGACCUACAGCUCCAGGACCGGUAUGAAGAAAUUGAUUUGGAAACUGGAAUUUUGGAGUCUAGGAGGGACCCGGUGGCCUUGGAGGACGUCUACCCCAUUCAUAUGAUCUUAGAGAAUAAGGAUGGCAUCCAGGGCUCAUGCCGCUACUUUAAGGAGAGGAAAAACAUUACCAAUGACAUCAGAACCAAGUCCUUGCAGCCUCGCUGUACGAUGGUAGAAGCCUUUGACAGGUGGGGGAAGAAACUGAUCAUCGUUGCCUCCCAGGCCAUGCGGUACAGGGCCUUGAUAGGCCAGGAAGGGGAUCCGGACCUGAAGCUGCCCGACUUCUCCUACUGCAUCCUGGAACGGCUAGGCCGGUCCAGGUGGCAAGGGGAGCUCCAGCGAGACCUUCAUACCACUGCUUUCAAGGUUGAUGCUGGGAAGCUGCACUAUCACAGAAAAAUUUUGAACAAAAACGGGCUGAUUACAAUGCAGUCCCAUGUGAUUCGAUUACCCACUGGAGCCCAGCAACACUCAAUCCUCCUCCUACUGAACCGGUUUCAUGUGGACAGGAGGAGCAAAUACGACAUCCUCAUGGAGAAGCUUUCAGGCAUGCUGAGCACACGACCUAACUGUAUAGAGACGCUGGGAAAGCUGAGGGAAGAACUGGCAGCGCUGCUUUCACUCAUUGCUGGAAAACCUGUGCUUGUGUUGCCAGGGACUGAUGUCAUGGUUCGGUGCCUCAAGCUGCUGAAGGAAUUUAAACGGAAUGACCAUGACGAUGACGAGGACGAGGAGGUCAUCUCCAAGACAGUGCCUCCCGUGGACAUCGUGUUCGAGCGGGAUAUGCUCACGCAGACCUAUGACCUCAUUGAGCGCAGAGGCACGAAAGGAAUUUCCCAAGCUGAAAUCCGAGUGGCUAUGAAUGUGGGAAAACUAGAAGCAAGAAUGCUGUGCCGACUCCUUCAAAGAUUCAAAGUUGUCAAGGGAUUCAUGGAAGACGAAGGUCGGCAGCGAACCACCAAGUACAUUUCCUGCGUGUUUGCAGAGGAGAGCGACCUAAGCCGGCAGUACCAAAGAGAGAAGGCCCGCAGUGAGCUCUUAACCACCGUGAGCCUGGCAUCUAUGCAGGAGGAGUCGCUUCUGCCUGAAGGCGAGGACACCUUCCUCUCUGAGUCAGACAGUGAGGAGGAGAGGAGCAGCAGCAAGCGGAGACGCAGAGGGUCCCAGAAGGACACAAGAGCCUCUGCGAACGUCCGGGCUAAGACCCAGCCUCAUCACUCCACCCCAGCCAAGGGUGGGUGGAAAGUUGUAAACCUACACCCAUUGAAAAAGCAGCCACCCUCCUUCCCAGGAGCCGCUGAAGAGAGAGCCUGCCAGAGCCUUGCCAGCAGGGACAACCUCUUGGAUACCAGCAGCGUCUCAGAACCCAGUGUGUCCUUUGUCUCCCACUGUGCGGACAGUAACAGUGGUGACAUAGCUGUGAUCGAGGAGGUCCGGAUGGAAAACCCAAAGGAGAGUACCAGUUCCCUGAAGACUGGGAGGCACAGCUCAGGCCAAGACAAACCACACGAAACUUACCGACUGCUGAAACGCAGGAAUCUGAUCAUAGAAGCUGUCACCAAUCUUCGCUUAAUCGAGAGUUUAUUCACGAUUCAGAAGAUGAUCAUGGAUCAGGAGAAGCAGGAAGGUGUGUCCACCAAGUGCUGCAAGAAGUCCAUCGUCCGCUUGGUGCGGAACCUGUCUGAGGAAGGUCUCUUGCGAUUGUAUCGGACCACCGUCAUUCAAGAUGGCAUCAAGAAGAAGGUGGAUCUGGUGGUGCACCCGUCCAUGGACCAGAACGACCCUCUGGUGAGAAGUGCCAUCGAGCAGGUCCGCUUCCGGAUCUCCAAUUCAAGCACAGCCAACAGGGUUAAAACUUCCCAGCCUCCAGUGCCCCAAGGGGAGGCAGAAGAAGACAGUCAAGGAAAAGAGGGCCCAAGUGGAUCAGGGGACUCUCAGCUGAGUGCUUCCUCUAGAUCAGAAAGUGGACGGAUGAAAAAAAGUGAUAAGAAAAUGGGCAUAACCCAGCUUAGAAAUUAUCACCCUGUUGUAGUUCCCGGACUGGGGCGUUCUCUAGGGUUUCUGCCCAAAAUGCCUCGCCUGCGGAUGGUCCACAUGUUUCUGUGGUACCUCAUCUACGGGCACCCUGGCAGCAGCACUGUGGAGAAACCAAGCCUCAUCAGUGAACGGAGAACGAUAAAGCAGGAGUCGGGCAGGGCAGGCAUCCGGCCGUCCUCCUCUGGACAUGCCUGGGAGGCCUGCUCUGAAGCCCCAUCUAAAGACAGCCAAGGCAGUGUUACCUGGGAGGCUGAAGUGGAGCUCGCCACGGAGACAGUGUAUGUGGACGAUGCCUCGUGGAUGCGCUACAUCCCCCCGCUCCCAGUCCACAGGGAAUUCGGCUUUGGCUGGGCUCUUGUCAGCGACAUCCUCCUCUGCCUUCCCCUCUCCAUCUUCGUCCAGAUUGUGCAAGUCAGCUACAAGGUGGACAACCUGGAGGACUUUCUGAACCACCCGCUGAAGAAGCACACGCUGAUCCGCUUUCUCCCCAGGCCCAUCCGGCAGCAGCUUCUGUACAAGAGGCGUUACAUUUUUUCGGUGGUGGAGAACCUUCAGAGGCUGUGCUACAUGGGGCUGCUACAGUUUGGUCCCACGGAAAAGUUUCAGGAUAAAGAUCAGGUCUUUAUCUUCUUGAAGAAGAAUGCAGUCAUUGUUGACACCACCAUCUGCGACCCACAUUACAACCUGGCGCGCAGCAGCCGGCCCUUCGAGAGGCGCCUCUAUGUCCUGAACUCAAUGCAGGAUGUGGAAAACUACUGGUUUGACCUGCAGUGCGUCUGCCUCAACACCCCACUAGGCGUGGUGCGCUGCCCGCGCGUCAGGAAGAACAGCAGCACAGACCAGGGCAGCGACGAGGAGGGCAGCCUACAGAAGGAGCAGGAGAGCGCCAUGGACAAGCACAACCUGGAGCGCAAGUGCGCCAUGCUGGAGUACACCACUGGAAGUCGUGAGGUGGUGGAUGAAGGUUUGAUCCCCGGAGAUGGGCUGGGUGCCGCAGGGCUUGAUUCCAGCUUCUAUGGACACCUCAAGCGCAACUGGAUCUGGACCAGCUACAUCAUCAACCAGGCCAAAAAGGAGAACACUGCCGCAGAGAACGGACUCACAGUGAGGCUCCAGACGUUUCUGUCUAAGCGCCCAUUGCCUCUCAGUGCCAGAGGCAACAGCAGGUUGAAUAUUUGGGGGGAAGCAAGAGUAGGCUCUGAGCUCUGUGCUGACUGGGAGGAGCAGUUUGAGGUGGACCGAGAGCCCUCGCUGGACCGAAACCGGAGAGUGAGGGGUGGGAAAAGCCAGAAGCGGAAGCGGCUGAAGAAGGACCCUGGGAAGAAGAUCAAGAGAAGAAAGAAAGGAGAGUUCCCAGGAGAAAAAAGCAAAAGGCUGCGCUACCAUGAUGAAGCCGACCAGAGCGCCCUGCAGCGGAUGACGCGGCUUCGCGUCACCUGGUCCAUGCAGGAGGACGGGCUGCUCGUGCUGUGCCGCAUUGCCAGCAAUGUCCUCAACACCAAGGUGAAGGGCCCAUUUGUCACCUGGCAGGUGGUACGGGACAUUUUGCAUGCCACGUUCGAAGAGUCUUUGGAUAAAACAUCUCAUUCCGUUGGACGAAGAGCUCGCUACAUAGUCAAAAACCCACAGGCCUAUCUCAACUAUAAGGUGUGCCUGGCCGAGGUGUACCAGGAUAAAGCGCUUGUUGGAGAUUUCAUGAAUCGAAGAGGUGACUACGAUGACCCAAAGGUUUGUGCCAACGAGUUUAAAGAAUUUGUGGAGAAGCUUAAAGAAAAGUUCAGUUCAGCCCUAAGGAAUUCUAACCUUGAAAUCCCAGACACACUGCAAGAGCUGUUUGCCAGGUACCGAGUUUUGGCAAUUGGGGAUGAAAAAGAUCAAACCAGGGAGGAGGAUGAACUUAACAGCGUGGAUGACAUCCACUUUCUGGUGCUCCAGAACCUGAUCCAGAGCACGUUGGCCCUCUCGGACAGUCAGAUGAAGUCCUACCAGUCAUUCCAGACUUUCCGCCUCUAUCGGGAGUACAAGGACCACGUUCUCGUGAAGGCCUUCAUGGAGUGCCAGAAAAGGAGCUUGGUCAACCGGCGCCGGGUCAACCACACGCUGGGCCCCAAGAAGAACCGGGCCCUGCCCUUCGUGCCAAUGUCCUACCAGCUAUCCCAGACCUACUACAGGAUUUUUACGUGGCGAUUUCCAAGCACCAUCUGCACGGAGUCAUUCCAGUUUUUGGACAGAAUGCGGGCUGCCGGCAAGUUGGACCAGCCUGAUCGUUUCUCUUUCAAAGACCAGGAUAAUAAUGAGCCCACAAAUGACAUGGUGGCCUUUUCACUGGACGGCCCUGGAGGAAAUUGUGUGGCCGUCCUGACCCUCUUCUCUCUGGGCCUUAUUUCCGUGGAUGUCAGGAUCCCGGAGCAGAUCAUCGUGGUAGAUAGCUCAAUGGUGGAGAAUGAGGUCAUCAAAAGUUUGGGGAAGGAUGGCAGCCUGGAGGAUGACGAGGAUGAAGAGGAUGACUUGGACGAAGGCAUAGGGGGCAAGCGCCGGAGCAUGGAGGUGAAACCUGCGCAGGCCUCCCACACUAACUACCUGCUGAUGAGGGGCUACUACUCCCCCGGCAUUGUCAGCACCCGCAACCUCAAUCCCAAUGACAGCAUAGUGGUCAACUCCUGCCAGAUGAAGUUCCAGCUCCGCUGCAGCCCUGUGCCCGCCCGGCUCAGGCCCGCUGCCGCUCCUCUGGAAGAGCUAACAGUGGGAACCUCCUGCCUCCCUGACACGUUCACCAAGCUGAUAAAGCCCCAGGAAAACACCUGCAGCUUGGAGGAGUUUGUCCUCCAGCUGGAGCUGUCUGGGUAUAGUCCCGAAGACCUGACAGCUGCCUUGGAGAUCCUGGAAGUCAUUAUAGCCACGGGUUGUUUUGGGAUUGACAAGGAGGAGCUGCGCAGACGGUUCUCGGCCUUAGAGAAGGCAGGUGGCGGGCGCACCAGGACAUUCGCAGAUUGCGUCCAGGCCCUCCUGGAGCAGCACCAGGUGCUGGAGGUCGGCGGCAACACCGCGCGCCUGGUAGCCAUGGGCUCUGCCUGGCCCUGGCUCCUGCACUCGGUGCGGCUGAAAGACAGAGAGGACGCUGACGUUCAGAGAGAAGACCCCCAGGCCAGACCCCUGGAGGGGUCUUCCAGCGAGGACAGCCCCCUCGAGGGGCAGGCACCUCCUUCUCACAGCCCCCGGGGCACCAAGAGGCGUGCCAGCUGGGCCAGUGAGAAUGGGGAGACCGACACUGAGAGCACCCAGAUGACCCCUGCCAAGAGGCCGGUACUCCAGGACUCAAACUUGGCCCCCAGCCUUGGGCCCAGAGCUGAAGACGGGGCAGAAGCCCAGGCCCCAUCUUCACCCCCAGCUCUUGAAGACACCGCUGCAGUGGGGGCAGCACGGGAAGACCAAGAGGGUGUCGGAGAGUUCAGUUCCCCAGGCCAAGAGCAGCUGAGUGGCCAGGCGCAGCCUCCAGAGGGCUCUGAAGACCCCAGAGGGCUCACAGAGAGUUUUGGAGCUGGCAGCAUCUCCCAGGCAGCGCGGGAAAGGGACUGUGAGAGCGUCUGCUUCAUCGGCCGGCCAUGGCGUGUCGUGGAUGGCCACCUGAACCUGCCCGUAUGCAAGGGUAUGAUGGAGGCCAUGCUGUACCACAUCAUGACCAGGCCUGGCAUCCCCGAGAACUGCCUGCUGCGCCACUACCAGGGGGUCCUGCAGCCCGUCGCCGUGCUGGAGCUGCUCCAGGUAUGGGGCCUUCCCAGGCUCAGCAGGGGGUGGGGGCGGCUGGGUGCUCUCAAUGGCCUGGCCGUGAUGUUCAGGCCCCAGUCUGCAUGCGGAACCACCAUACUGCUUGCCUGCACCCCCUCCCCCAGCUUGUCCUGGGCUCUUGCCUCUCAGGCCGUCCCUCGGUGUCCUUCAUCAGCUCCAUGCUGCUGGCCAGGCUGGAAGAGGGGGUGCCCGGUGCUUGUCUCUGAUGCUUUCUCUGUGCCGGGGGUCACUAACUCAUGAGUCCGCAGGGCCCCACGGGUCAAGCAGCUGCCCCCUGGUGCGGCUGCUUCCUGCUCAGCUGACAGUUGCCCUGUGCUCCGUUGGCCCAGUGCGCCUGGGGCUGUGUGUUCCCCCACGAGGUCAACUGGAACAAGUGGAUCCACCUCUAGGACCCCUGUGGGCGUUCCCUCCCUCCCAGCCACCACCUGCCACACCACUCCUGCCUGAUGUUCAGCAGACGCCACUGUGCCCCGGCCUUGGGUCUGCCGAGCCUCCUGCAGCAGGGCACAUGUGCUCUGGCCAGAGUCACAGCCCGACACGUUUCCCACUGUCCUGGAACUCUGGAAAGAGAGGCUCCCCCACCUGCCUGCCCCCCAGGCUCUUCUGGGCCUCCAGCUCCUCCAGCAGCUAGGAGCUUGAAGUUCAGUGUCAGAUUCCCUGCGAGCCAAACGGAACCC